GACGGACGGGGUAUUUUUUAAUAUUUCCACACUGUUGACGGCAUCGCAGUAGAACUUCGAUGGCUUCAUCGUCGUCUUCUUCUACUUGCGCUUGACAGCUCCUAUCGAGAACUCAUCAAUGGCGGAAUCAAAAUGGAUUUUCUCUCUCCUAUUACUCUACUUCUUCAUCUCACCCGCCUCACUUUUUGCUGCCAGUGAACAAGCACAAAAAGAAGAGUUCAAUGAAGAACUGCUACUGAAACCGUUGCCCGAUCGGAAAGUUCUAGCGCAUUUUCACUUCGAUUCAAAAGCUAAUUUUUCCUCCUACAAUGGCGGAUAUCAUCUCCAUCUCUUUCCUAAGGCUAUUUAUCAGCUCGUCCACAAAUUUCAUAUCAAGGAAAUGGAACUGUCUUUCACUCAGGGCCGGUGGAAUUAUGAACGUUGGGGUGGGUUUGAUCCUAUUUCAAGUAGUAAUGCAAAGCCUCCUGGAGUUGAAUUAUGGGCGGAUUUUGAUGCUCCACCAUCUCAGGUUGAUACUUUAUGGAAAAAUUUAACUAACACUCUGUCGGGUCUGUUUUGUGCUUCUAUCAACUUCCUGGAGUCUUCAACUACUUAUUCUGCACCUGACUGGGGAUUUCGGGCAUCUCCAGGCAAUUUGAGGUAUGGUACGUUACCUCGUGAAGCUGUUUGCACUGAGAACUUGACUCCGUGGCUAAAGUUAUUGCCUUGUCGAGAUAAGGCUGGUCUUGCUGAACUAAUGGAUAGGCCAUCUGUUUAUCGUGGAUUUUACCAUUCUCAGAGGCUGCACUUGGUCUCCGUUGGCUUUGGCUCAGAUAUUGCUGAUUCAGAAAUUAAACUUGCGCAAACCCUUACUGUUGUUCUCCAGCCUACAAGCCAAAGAUGGGCCAAAAGUUAUAGCAGUGGCUCUGCUAUGCAACCAAAUUGGUCCUUGAGCACCAUAUUCGGAAGGAAGGUCAACAAAAAAUGUGUUCUUGCCAAAUCUAGCAAUAUGUUCGUUCAAUUUGAUAGAGGUUUAGUUGCUGAACUGAAAAAUAACGGAAAUGACCCUGAUUUUGCAACUUCUGAAAGUUCCAUCACUAAUUCAGUGUUUGACUUGUCGCCUACCCCUGAUAAGGUGAUUAAGGAAGUUGAUAAGUCAAAAGAUGAGGAGUCAUCUAUUCUUUAUCUGUUCAUUAUUGAGAAAUAUGCCGAUUCUAAACCAUUUGAUUUAGCACUAACUUGGAAACUUCCUGUCGUUUGGUCAUGCUCUCAAGCACCAUUACUUGCCAAUAGAUUCUUGAUGGGAAGUGGGAAUGAAAGGGGUGCUAUAGUUAUUUCUUUAAAGGCGGUUGGUCAGCAUCAGCAUUUGUUGGGCACUGGUGUUUCUGGGGAGAGGUGCUCUUUACACAUUAAUGUUUUCCAGGUUGUCCCUUGGUAUGUUAAGGUGUAUUAUCAUACAUUACAGAUAUACAUCAAUGGUGAAGUUCACCCUGCCACUAAUGUCACCAGAAAGAUGCGUGUUUCUCCUUCUGAAGACAAGGUUUCACCUGGAGCAUUGGAGCUAGCGCUGACAUUUCCCUGCAGCAUGAAGUCAGCUGCGCUUUCUCUGGACUUUGAUAAGGGUUUCCUGCACAUAGAUGAAUACCCGCCAGAUGCCAAUCAAGGUUUCGACAUUCCUUCAGCUCUAAUUACCUUUCCUGAUUUCCAUUCAAGUCUAAGCUUUGCAGAAGAUUCAAAUGUGUUUCCUAUAUUAUCAAGAUUCCAGAAGAGAAGUCCUGCUCUGGCUUAUACAGAAGUAUUGCUCGUGCCAUUGACUACUCCAGACUUCAGCAUGCCUUACAAUGUUCUCACAAUUACUUGUACAGUAUUUGCUUUAUAUUUUGGGUCGCUACUUAAUGUACUGAGAAAGCGUGCUGCUGAGGAGGAAAGACUAUUGGAAGAAAGAGCCAAGAGAAAGAGUAGCAGGCUGCAUCAGCUGUCGCAAAUGUUGUUUGCUAGAUUGAGGGGAAAACCAUUGGAGCAGCAUCAAACCUCCUCUUCUUCAACAACUAAUACUAAGUUAAUUUUCAAGGUUUUAUUGGUAGCUUUAAUUGCUGUAGUUUGGCAGUUUUACUUGAGAUAAUUAGGAUCCACGAACUAGUCCUUCGUCUUUAUACGAUUUUCACUUCUUUUUUCUGUAAAUUAUCUGUUAAAUCAAUGUUGAUCUUUGGUGUAGAGAUGACAGGUAAGUAGAGGUAGCCAAUUUUGUUCUUACGACGGAGUGCUUGUCAAGUCUCAUAGGUUAUGCAAAUUGGUCUUAGUGUAACUUACUAUUUAAAUUUAAUCGUUAAUGAUCAUAGGCUGAUACUUGAAUUA